ACAGUUUCUACCGUUCUUCGAAACUUUCUUAACGUGCUUUUGUUUGUUAAUAUGCAGUUUUAGAAAGUUAUCUCAACAACUGUUCUUACAUUUUCAUUUGACGAAACAAACUUGAUCGACGUUUAUUUUUGGUGCUUGAAAAAAGAGCACCAGCGCGAAUCGAAAGUGAAAUUACGCGUUCGGUAGCCAAAAUGGAAACAAGUUACCCCUUCAAGUACUGAAUAACUCGCUAGAAACGUUACGUUAUCUCUGUGUCAAUUUAUUAGUUUUCUCAGAGUCUUUAAAAUUACUCGAGUUUUGUGACGCCAAAUUUUUAGUUUUAUCUAAAUUAUUCAUCUCCUAAAAUCUUCGUCAAUUCUUUCUUCUUACAUUCGCUCAAUUUUUCUUCUGGGUCUAAAUGGAUUCGCAAGACCAAGAAUCAAUCGAACAACACCCGUCGGGAACAGAUACAGCAGAGAGAAAAUUAUCUGAUUGCGAUACAUUUGAAAGAAAUUUAAGCAAGCUGACGCAAGAAUUGGACAAGAUAGAAAUCCACUGGCCCGGAGGGGGGAAAAUUAUUUUCAAUGACGAUGCUUCCUUGAAGCGGUUCAUGGAAAACCAGUACCCAAAGUGGAAAAACAGAGGUGAGAAAACGUCUGUACCAUGUGUGAGAAUCUCUCAAAUAAUAAUUCCAAACGAGCAGUUGGGUACAGAACUGCAGAAACAUUACAAAGCACUUCAAAAAGGCGAUGAAGGGGAGAGCAAAAUUUACAGACUGUUUGUCACUGAAGUGUCCACGGAUGAUUCCGGAAUCAUCAUUCUUCCAAAUGUAGACGGCAGCCAUAUUUUUGAAAAAGGCGGUCCAGGCAGCGUGGAAAUUGACAUGAUAGUUGCACAUCCAACGAAAGGAAUUUUCGUCUUUAACGUGAAAAACGAAUUAAAAGUAAAUAAACAAAAACUUCAAUCCGAUUUUGAAAAACACAAAAAUUUUGUACGAUACUUAUUGCGUUACAAUACACGCUCUACAGAAUCAUCUGGAGAUAAUGUUGACAAAAACGACGAUAAUGAAGUUCCAAUUCACAAUGUAUAUUGCUCUUUAGCGGGUAAAAAACCAGCAUAUGCACCCAAAAAACGUCCAGAAACCCAAGAUGAACCGAAUCUGAAUUGGUACGACAAAGAUGGACAGACUAAUCAAUUGAUUGUUUUUUAUCAGUGGCAAUUCAACGAGUUUGCAAAACAUUGGAAAGAUACGCUUCAAAAAAUUCCAGAGAUGAAGGAAUCCGACAAAUUUGACCCCCUUGUUGCCCGUCUUGUUGCUUUGAACUCCAUGGAAGGAGACAGCGCUCUAAUUCAUCGCCAAUUUGUUUCUGAAGAUAUUCAGUCUAUUAAAGUCAAAACAGAGAAACUAGAAACUUGGCUUGAAAAACAAAUCGAUGAAGUUGUACCUCAAAAAGAUGAUAACUGCAAACAAAAACUCAUACGAGCCUCGAAGUCAGUGUACAACCAGACAAAAAACGAAAAAACGACGGUGAUUCUUUGGACCAGAGAACAGUUGGAUGUCAUCGGCAAAGUAUUCAAAGGACUUACAGAUCUUUCAAAAGAUUCUGAACCUCUACGAAUAAACGUAAGAGGAACAAAGGGAUCUGGAAAGACGAUGCUGAUGAUCCAUUUGGCUAAAUUGGCCAAGAGCGUUCUCUUUGAGACGGGACAAACAGAAAGUAAAGUAGUUAUAUUCGACGGGUCUUCUCUUAGAGCUCUGGUUCUUUUUUCACAGAUGAAGCAAACGUUAAAUGGAUCAGGCAUUGAGUUUUGGACGGUUCAGAAUGUCUCCGAGAAACUUGACAAAAUAGGAAAGGGAAUUAUUUUUAUAGACGAAGAUCCUCUCACGUACCCAAAGAUGCAAAAACUUUUAUUAAAAUGUGACGAAAAAGGUGUGCAUUUCUGCAUCUUUUCCUCGGAAGAACCAGUGUUUUCGGGCUAUGGCCUAAGUAAAAUUAAAUUCAAUGACGUCAUCCUCUCACAUGCCAUGAGAUCCACGAAACAACUCCACACUUUUUCACGCAAUAUUGUCAGAAACACGAACACAAACAUUGGAUUCCGUGAAAUUUACGGAACACCGUCUCAUAGUCUUGAGGGAACCAACCGGCCGGAGAUCAUUUACGUUGAAUCAACCAAUGGAUCUGAAAUGGAAACGUUUUUUGAAAAGUGCAUCCAGACAAUAAUGAGAUACGCUAGAAUGUCCAACGACAAAUCCAGCGUUCUUGUUGUUACCAACUUUUUAUCUCCAAAAAGUCAAAUUGCUAUCGUAUCUGCUUUAAAAAAGGAAAAAAUAGCUUUGCGCUCUUUUUCGCAUGGGAUAGUAAUCGACAGAAACGAUGAAAAUUUACCAUUCAUUCGUUUGGAAUGCAGCGACAGAAUCUACGGAAGCGAAUUUGCAAGUGUUGUUUUGAUGCUAGAGAAAUUGGCAUGGCAAAGUUCUCAAGGCUUCAGGAGAACUUUUCGUGCGGCAGUAACACGUGCAACAACCAAUUUGGCCAUUGUUAUAUCAAAUACUACUUUUUUCAAUUCUCCGCUAGAAGAAAAAGAACUUACGGAUGCAACUUGUGAUCUGUGAGAAAAAUUAGAAAUGUUCAAGUUGUUAGAAGUAAGCUCGCCGGAUGCAUCACGUCACUGUUGAAAAUUUUUAGCCAAAAUUUUCAAACUGUAUUGAUUAUUGGUGCGAUUCCAAUAAUAGACUGUUUGAAGGAGACCGAAAUGAAUGAAGACGGUUUGAAUUGGAUCUCAGCGAACGAAGCAAAAAAGUACAGUUUCAACGCAGACAAGACAGUUUUUGUCUUCUCAAACGUUGCAAAAUCUUGUUCAAGGGCUGCACAAAAAUGGUAUCAACAGCAGAACAUUUCUGUUUACUUCUACGUUGGUAAUAACAAACUCGACAAUACGAUCUUGCAAUUACUGAAACUGCCAAAAGGUUCGGAAAAAAUAAAGAUUUAUUGUCGUAGGGAUCUUUUGCUUGACAUAAGUCAAUUCUCCAAAGACCUCAAAGAGCUGGCUGAAACCAAUGUCAACAAAACUUUAUCAGACAAUAUUCACCCAGCGAUAACAAAAACUGAGCCUGACGAUACCCACUACACUCGGAAAGAUCUAAGGGAAUGGUUGUCCGUUUACGAGACUCUCAUCGGUGAGGAAUAUCGACCAAUUUCGUGGCAAACGAUAUUCAAUGAUGCAAGCAGCUUACUUGGCAGAGAGUAUCUUCAGAAUCUCAAAACUCGCAAUCUAGAAGAAGCAGUUGCUUGCAGGAAAGAUGCGUCUGAUUUGCUGCGAAAAAUCUCCACGCUAGCCCACGAAAAUUCAGAAAUACACCUGAAUUAUCAAAUCCAUUCUCUAUUUUACGCUUUGCUGGGCGCAAAAACUCCUAUUGUCUGUAACCCAACAAACUCAAAGGAAUGCAAAACACCUACAUAUUUAUAUGAAAUCGCAGUUCAGAAGCUCCUCGCAUUUAAAUCAGAAGCUGCAGAUGUCAGUAAAACAAGCAACCCAUUGAUCAAUGAUGAUCGCUUAGAUUUAAGUGCACCAUACUUUUUUGAAGUAAGUGAGAAGAUGAAGAAGCGAAUACAAUUUAGAAAGAAACUGGAGCUCAUUGGAUGUUGCAGCGAACAGAUUGAUCAGCUGACGGAAGUAGUCGCUAAGAUGUCCUCGGCUGGGUCAGUUAUUCAAAGAUUAAAAGCAAAAAUUUGUUCUCUCCUGGCAGAAUAUAAACAGAUUUUGAACACGGAGACGAAAGCUGCUGUUCGGGGGAAGAAGCGCGAAGAAAUAUCCAACGAAUGUGCUGGUGCUGCACGUAGUUGUUUAGAACUAUCAGCCGCUCUACCAGUUAAUUAUUUCGCUAUUGACGCGCUAAAUUUUGCGAUGAAAGGAUUCCAUAUGAACCCUUCCAACAUAGAGUGCUGCGAUAUUUUGAUCAAAUUAUUUGAAAUGGAAAUGGACGAUUUAGCUAAAAUGAAGUCCCAGUAUUUAAACGAUGACGAAGAAACUGUUCUCAAGCUACUUGUAUCGAAAGAUGUUAAUGCAUUUGAAAUGCUUCAAUAAGUCGUGGAUCAUUUACAAUCAUUUUUUAAAUAAUGUAAUGUCAUUUAUCUAAUAUAUUUAAAAGUGUGUUCUGUAAAUAGACUGCUAACUAAACACGCCUGCUCAUGCUAAGAAGUUUUAGUUUUCAGACAAUUUAAGCGUUUAAAGUUGCUUCAGAUAAACUUGAUCUGGUAAACAAGUAGAAAAGUUUGUUGAACUACAUGUAUUGCAAUGAUUGCUGAUACAGAUUUAGAUUUUUCUAACUGGAACAAUUGUCCGGGAAAAUUGCUUGCAAUUGUCCGGGAAUAAAUCUAUUUUUUCAAAAUUUCUUCUAGUUUUAUUUUUUUAUAAAUAAAUCAAUAGUAGCAUGCUGAAGAAGUUUUGACAAAU